AAUUCCUAAUUCCUACUUAAAACCAUAAAACCCUAACCCCAUAACUCCCUUUCGCGCUCUUUCGGCCGCCGCCACUGCCGCAUCGUCAGUAACAGAAAAAAUGGCCGGCGGCAAGAUUAAGAAAGAGAAGCCGAAGCCUUCAAGAGCACCGUCAAAUCACUACCAAGGAGGAAUAUCUUUCCAUAAAUCAAAGGGACAACAUAUCCUCAAGAACCCCUUACUGGUAGAUACCAUAGUGCAAAAAUCGGGAAUCAAAAGUACCGAUGUUAUUCUCGAGAUUGGUCCCGGUACCGGUAAUCUCACCAAGAAGCUUCUAGAAGUCGGGAAAAUGGUGAUUGCUGUUGAGAUCGACUCUCGUAUGGUGCUCGAGCUGCAGCGCCGGUUUCAAGGCACCCCCUUUUCUAAUAGAUUGAAGGUUAUUCAGGGUGAUGUGCUUAAGACUGAUCUUCCCUAUUUUGAUAUAUGCGUGGCCAACAUCCCUUAUCAAAUUUCCUCUCCUCUUACAUUCAAAUUACUGAAUCAUCAACCUUCUUUCCGGUGUGCCAUUAUAAUGUUCCAAAGGGAAUUUGCAAUGAGACUUGUUGCCCAACCCGGUGACACUCUGUAUUGCCGUCUAUCUGUGAAUACCCAACUCUAUGCUAGGGUCAACCAUCUCCUCAAAGUUGGAAAGAACAAUUUUAGGCCUCCACCUAAGGUGGAUUCCUCCGUAGUUCGGAUUGAGCCUAGAAAACCACUCCCGAAAGUGAAUCCCAAAGAAUGGGAUGGGUUCAUACGAAUUUGUUUCAUCCGAAAGAACAAGACUCUUGGUGCCAUUUUCAGGAUGAAAAAUGUCUUGUCUAUGUUGGAAAAGAACUACAAGACCCUACAGGCAAUACAGACUUCUCAAAAUGGUUCCUUGGAAGGUACUGAUGCCCAGAUGGAUAUUUCUGGACUAGGGGAUCAUAAGGAAGAUCAUAGCAUGGACUUGGAUAACGGAACAGAUGAUGAAAUGGAGGUGGAGGAUGGUGAUACUGAUGUGGAGGUGUCUGAGUUCAAAGAAAAAGUUUUAGCUGUGUUGAAAGAGAGAAACUUUUAUGAGAAGAGGUCCUCUAAACUCACACAAGAGGAGUUCUUAUACCUGCUUUCUCGGUUCAAUAUGGCUGGCAUACAUUUUUCAUAAUCAUUUGAGGUCGAGUCUCAGCUGUUACAUUUUACUUUUAUUUUCUUACUUUAAUUCUAUUUUGAUAAAGUUUUGCCAAUUUUGUUUUCCUUUGAUCGAAACAUUUUCAGUAUGUACUAUACCUUAAUUCAAUAGAAGAAAUCCAUUAUGUUGAUUAUUUGUUGUUA